AGAAAUUGUGGUUGGUUCAGCUGCUAUGGACCCCAUCCUUCCGCCCCUUCCCUCUCUCACCUUUGCACCCCCCUCGUCCAGAGCCUUCUCCCCCAACAAUUCCACAAACUCUUCCUCCUCAUCCUCCCUCCCUCUCAUGGAGUACCGGAGGACGCCGAUCGAUCCCGCGUCAAGGAACAGCCAACGAGAGAAGGCGAUGAAGGAGGCCGCGCUGUCUCCGACUCAGGUGGCCACUCUGGGCGAGGACGAGGAGGUGAUGGAGGAGGACAAGAAGCGACGGGUAAGCUUCUCUUCCUCAGCGGCUGCACGGACGGGGCCUGACGCCGGAGGCGGCGGUGGCGGAGCGUCGCAGCCCUGCUGCCAGGUUGACGAUUGCGCCGCAGACCUCCGCGAGGCCAAACGUUACCACCGCCGGCACAAGGUCUGCGAGGCCCACUCCAAGGCUGCCGUCGUCGUGGUCGCCGGCCUCCGCCAAAGGUUCUGCCAGCAAUGCAGCAGGUUCCAUGAGCUAGCAGAGUUUGACGACUCCAAGAGGAGCUGCCGCAGGCGCCUGGCUGGCCACAAUGAGCGGCGCAGGAAGAGCUCUACCGACACGCAGCCAGAAGGAUCAAACCGCUGCAGGGAGGCUGACCUCCCUGGAAAUCCUGCAUACAAACAUUUCCAGAUCAGAUAAGAACCUGAUCAGGCUCUCUCUCUUCUGUCAUGCCAUGGCUUCCUUCACCACCGAGUAACAUCAGCUUCCUCCAUGAUACAAGCGAAGAAGACAUGUAUUUAAGCUGGAAACUGCUAUGUCAGCCAUCUUCUAGUUGUAAUAUGGUUUGAUGGGAGAGGUAAAUGCAGAAGCCAGAGAUGGCUUCUUUGUUUCAAGUGUUCGAUUGUGUGUCCACUUCUUUACCUCAGCAUUUUCCUAAAUCUCAGUAAAGGGUACUGCUCAUUGUACUACAGUCUUAAACAUCUAUUUGAUCAUCGUGCAAUUUAUUUUCAGAAGCUGAAAUCAUAUUUCGAUGUA